CUGAGUGUGUGAAGCUCUUGCAUUGAUAACCUGCAGCUCAAAGUCACCCGGUCUCACUUUGUGGCCGUCCCCGUCGCCUGGAACUCCCUUCGCCCCGCUCCGCUUCCUCUCAGCCUCUCAGUCCGGGACCGUCUGCGGCCGCGCUCAGAUCGCCAUGACGCUCGCCUCGCAGUUUUUCCUGCUCCUGCUGGGCCUCAUUGGAGCUCAAGCCACUAUAGAUGUCCGCACGGCUGCCGCAAUGGCUGCGGGCUUGUGCAAAACCCGUCCCACAGACCUGGUGUUCAUCAUCGACAGCAGCCGCAGCGUCCGCCCCUCAGAGUUCGAGCAGGUUAAGGUCUUCCUCGCAAAAGUGAUCGAGGGGCUGGACGUUGGACCCAACGCCACCCGUGUGGGAGUUGUUAACUACGCCAGCCGCGUCAAAAACGAGGUUUCUCUGAAGACUCAUCGCACCAAGGCUGGGCUGGUGAAGGCUGUGACCAAAAUCGAGCCUCUGUCCACUGGAACGAUGACCGGUCUGGCCAUCCAGUUUGCACUGAACGUUGCUUUCAGUGAAGCCGAGGGAGCUCGUGUCAAAUCUCCAGAUAUCAGCAAGGUUGCCAUUAUCGUGACGGACGGGCGUCCCCAGGACAACGUGAAGGAUGUGGCUCUGCGUGCGCGAGACGCCGGCAUUGAGAUUUUUGCCAUCGGCGUUGGACGUGUGGACAUGAGCACCCUGAAGCAGAUGGCCAGCGACCCGCUGGACGACCACGUGGAUUACGUGGAGAGCUACAGCGUGAUCGAGAAACUCACCAAGAAGUUCCAGGAGGCUUUCUGCGUGUCGGACCUGUGUGCCACUGGGGAUCAUGACUGUGCGCAGGUAUGCAUCAGCACCCCAGGAUCAUACAAGUGUGCCUGCAAAGAUGGCUUUACCCUCAUGGAUGAUGGUCGCAGUUGCAGUGCUUGCAGCAACUCCGCGACGGAUGUGGUGUUCCUGAUCGACGGCUCUAAGAGCGUGCGCCCUGAGAACUUUGAGCUGGUUAAGAAGUGGAUCAAUCAGAUCAUUGACAAACUGGAUGUGUCUGACAGCAAGGCUCACGUUGGACUGGUUCAGUACUCCAGCUCAGUCAAACAAGAGUUUCCCCUGGGCCGCUACAACAACAAGAAAGACCUUAAAGAUGCUGUGAAAAAGAUGGCCUACAUGGAGAGGGGAACCAUGACAGGCCAGGCGCUCCGCUACCUGUCGGACAGCAGCUUCAGCGUCGCUCAGGGUGCCAGGCCCGGAGUCACAAAGGUGGGCAUUGUGUUCACUGACGGACGCAGUCAGGACUACAUCGGAGAUGCUGCCAAGAAGGCCAAGGAAAACGGCUUCAAGAUGUACGCGGUUGGAGUGGGAAACGCAGUUGAGGAUGAACUGAAGGAGAUUGCCUCCGAGCCAACUGGAGAGCAUUACUUCUACACCGCUGACUUCAAAGCCAUGACCCAGAUCGCCAAGAAACUGCAGAUUAACAUCUGCCAAGAGGAGGACCCCUGUGAAUGUGACUCCCUUGUAAAGUUCCAAAAGAAAGUAGAAGAUGCCCUACAGGCGCUAACGAAAAAAUUAGAGAGCAUGUCGAAGAGAAUCGCCUUGCUGGAGAACAAAAUCGUCUGAGGCCUCACUUCCCACUCUCCACUGAACAUCUUCGCACCCAGCCGUCAACACACAUAAACAAUCCCACACACACUUUUGUUUACUUCUGGUAAGAUAUUGAAGAGGGGCCCGUAUGUGUGUGUGUGUGUGUGUGUGUGUGUGUGUGUGAACCCGGACCUCUGCUUGUACCCUGAGCGCUCCCAAACCACCAGCUGUCUCCUCCUCUCUCGGCCUAACCUCCUCUGGGACACAAAGCGCAGGUCGCCAUGAGGACCGUGCCUUUGUGUGUGUGUGUGUGUGCGUGUGUAUAUGCGCGUGUGCUCCAAAGGUCAUCCUCCAAAGCCAGCCUGUGUGUUAAUAAAAGUCUUCCCUCAUAGGGAAACGGUGCCGGUACACUGAAGGGGUUUUCUUUGUUGCUAUGAUAAUACUGAGGUUUCUGGAACUCCAGAGGGUCCGUGUCUCGUCACGACAGAUGGAGCAGCACAUCAUCCUUCACUUGUCUGUUUCUGUGUCACUGUCUUCGUCUUUCUCUCAUCAACUUUGACUUUAUUUUCCAAUGCUGACACAAAAUUAUCAAUCAUUAUAUAUUAUCUACAUAUGUGCAGGUAAAUUAAUAUAAGAAAUAUGUCUGAUAAUAAGAAUUCACUGUUGAUGUGUUUUAUUUUCCUAAAUAAAGGUGUUUUGGGA